GUGUUUUAUUAAACCAAUCCUGUGUGGACACAGACUGCCGUUCCUUUCAGACACCUCUGACCCAACCAGACUGUCUGGGAUUAUUAUGUUUCUGUGCUCAUUUGGGUUUUUUUACUUCCGCUUAUUUUAGGGAAUCCUCUGGGCACCUCUCCGCUUAUGCCGGCCUGGGACAGGCAGUGAUUUCUAUUAUUUUUUGUUCUUCCUCUCCUACACAAGAGCGCCCGUGAGAAGUCGCGCGGAGAACCGCGGAGACGCUCGAGGACACCAUGCGCGCGACGCUUCACUUUCUCACCUUUCUCAGCUCCGCCAUCACGAUGGCACCCUGCAGAGAAGCAGAUAUUCACCUUCCUGCCCCUUACAACACUUCUUUUCAUUGGGUCGAUGGUUUUUUUGUCAAUGUGACCUGGUUUUGGAAGAGGCCCAAGGAGCUGCCAGAGGAUUGUAAAGUCGAAUAUAUGAUACAGCGCAAGGAUAACAAACCUGGUGCUGCAACACAUCUAAAGCAUUACACAGACUACUUCCUGAGUAAAGAUUUGAUAUCCAGCAGUUCAGAGCUCAGCAUUCAUGCAUUUGCUGAAUGCCCAGGUCGGAAGCUUGAAAGCAAGCCUGUAAAAGUAGAGAUCCGUGCACCAAAACAACAUGCUGAGCUGGUGAAGGACUUCAAAUGUUUUUUCCUGCGCAGCAGUUUUAAUUGUUCCUGGAUUCCAAUUGACCAAUCACCGAGUCCGACUGUGUCUUACAGGGUUCCAGGGCAAGAGGAGGAGCACAUAAAAACAUUAACGAAGUGUAAAGGGUCUUCUAAAGAAAAAGGGAGGAAUGUUUGUGAAGUCAAAGUUAAAGGCAGUCAAGACCCCCUUAUUCUUGUGGAGAGUGAGAAGAGAAUGAACACCUUUAGACCUCAAUAUGCAAUACCGGUGCCAAAUGUCACAGUGCAGGAGAAUGGGCAGAAUCUCCAACUGACAUGGGAGAUUCCAAGUAUUGGAUGUGAUUGGAAUUGCUUUAUCUGGUACAAAGAAUGUGGAGAGGAAAUGCAUCACCGUGAGUAUAAGUUCAAUGAAAAGUGGACUGUGGAUGAUAUUCCAUACAACAAAUGCUGUGAAUACGAGUUUCAUUACAAACUGGCUACUGAUAUAUACUGCAGGAUUAUAACAAGCGAUAACAGCGCAUUUAAAUAUGGUACUACAAAAACUUGCUUCGAUGCAACCAAGUUGGUGACUAUCAUCAUCCCAAUCAUCGUGUGCUUCUGUGUCGCACUGUCCUUCUACUGCUUCAAGAAACAUGAACAUAUUUUUAGGCCCGGACUGGAGCGGUCUGUAAUAAAGGAUUGGUUUAACAUUAACAGGGAAACUAAGAAUCCAAGUGAUGCGGUGUACACACCAAACACGGAGAUGAUUGAUCCUUCUACGCCACUCGUGAUUGUAAAGAAUGUUCAGCCGAAAUAAUCCCGACCCAUUUCUGAACACAGUGGACUAUGCGCAGGGCAGCUGGACUUUAUUGCUGUGCUGUCAGUCUUUGCAGCCAUAUUGAUGUAAAUGAAAAGGGUUAACGGUGGAGGAUGUUCUGUCAUAUCAGUGCACUGAGUUCGCAGGGAUUUAAACCAUAGCUGAAAAAGAAACCUUUUCACCUCAAUUAAUGGCUAUUCAGGUGGUACUUUUGUACAUAUUUUUUUACAUAAAUCUAUUAACUUUCAUUUCAAGCACCACAACCUGGGUCCCGCCGGAACUAUACCAUGACCUCCACCCUGUUUUCUACUGAUGACCUUAGAUUGUCAAUUUGUACCAACCUUGAACUGUUUACAUACUAGCAACAAAAACAUGUAGAGUUGGAUUCAUUGCUGUAUAAAAUACACUAAACGCUUAUAGCUUCUGUAAAAAAGGUGAAGGAAGACAAUAUUUCCUUAAGGUUUUUUUUUUUUUUUUUUUCAUUCCUCACCCUACUCAAGAGUUGCCUCCUGCCCGUCAUUCUUUUACCAAGACUGUGUCUGAGCAAACUGCAGAAAUAAAAAUGAAGGAUGAUGCAUCACCUCUUCGAAAAGUGAACUGGAAAGUUUUAUCUCUUUGGAAGGAAGAAGCGGCUAAAGAGGUUGCCACAGAAAGUUGGUUCCUCUCUGUUGCGUGACUGCAGUUGCUGAUCAAGUGCGCUGCGGACUGCAUGAGACAAUUCAGAUUCUCUGAAGCUGAUUAUGGGGAAGAAAAAAAAAGUCCAGUCAUAGAGUAGGCAUUGUAUGGAGAGUAAGAUAACGUGAGUGGUGUAAAAGAAAAUAAUUGAUCUUCUGUUCUUACAGGAAGCUCUUACUUGCUGCUGUGUCUCAGUUGUUUCAGCCUCUAGACAAGGCUGUGUGCUUGGGUUUAAUGGCUGAAGGUAGCUGAUGGUAUGAGAGUAUCCGGUUUGGCACUACUGCUCUUUGAUGAAAUACUAAAUAUGAAAGAGAAGCUUAAAACACAUUAUUUCCUCUUUCGAUCCACUGUUCAGAGUCAAUGUGUUCAAUGAACCCCACAAACUCUGCUUUAUGCCUCUGGCUCUGGUGAUUUUUCUGUAUACUUUAUAUGGAAAUGAGGUUUUUUUAUUACCAAAACAGUUUACUGAAAAUCUUAACUGCCUUUUUAGGAUGUAUUUCAUAGCAUGUUCUCAGGAGAGGGGAAAAAACCCUGCAGAUGUCUGAGGAAACAUUGAAACUGUUGAUAACUUGGGGUUUAUCUGCUGCUUUUGUCUGUAUCAUGUUUACCAGUCAAUGCAAAGAAAUCCAAAAAUCUCCAUGUGCAUUCAGUUUUUUUUGUCCUCUAAAGUUAACUGGCCCUGGUCUCUCUGUUGAUCUGUUUGGCUUUUUACUACCUAACAACACAGAGAGACAGAUAAUGUAAACAGAUGGAAAACAGGCAAGAAUUGUUUGUUAAACAGAUGUACAGAUGUUUUAUGAUCCAGCAGGUGAACGUUGCUGUUAAACCUUUCUUUCUGUAGCUCUAUAUUUAUAUGCUCCUUGUUUUAACCACUGAUUUGUAAAGUUUGUAAUAGACCAAGGGUUAUUUAUUAUGAAAUUAUAUUUUUCAGUAAUUAUCUUUAAUUCAGUGCUGUUUAAUUAGCAAAUUCAAUUCACAACAUGUGUCAUCUCAAGGCAUUUUACAGAGACAAUUCAAUCAAAUCAUACAGUCAGAUUCUAAGGGAAUCCAGCUGAUUGCAUCCUUUUAUUUUCCAGCAGAGCCAGAUUCAAUGUGAACGUCUCUCUCUGCCAAAAAUCACUAGUUUUUUCUUAAAAUAUAACUAUAACCAAUAAGUCAAACAGCUUACAAGAUUGGGAAUCCUAGUAAUGUCCAUAUUGAGCCGUGCCUACUCUGCAACCCUACUAAUCACCAUUACAAUAAAAAAGACUGUUUUGGACUGUCCUUUAUGUUUGGUGACAUAUUGUUAUAAUUGGAAUUUCAUUAUAAUUCAGUAUAUUAAUAUUAUUUUUUUAAAUCAGAGGAAUCAUCCAAAACAGUUUUAGCAGCUAAUAUUAACUUGAAACUGCAGAGAGAUAUGCUGCUAAAUGUUGUAAAGUUUUAUGCAAGAUUGAACUUGUGUCCCCAUUGUACCAGAAGAGCUUGUUUCCACUUGUCUUGAUAAAUGUAGACUACAACUUUUCACUUCCAAUUAGACCGCAUGACAUCCAGGCAGUGCCGCCUCCAGAAAUGUUUAAUAGGGGUGGCCAGAUGGGGUCACUAAAAAUCUUGAGGUGGCACACUGAAACUAAAAGCCAUAAUUUCAGGGUUUGAAUCUACUAUUGUGGUAAACCUGCCUGUAGAAAUCAAAGACUUAAGUAAAAACCUACUCAUA